AUGAAAAAUACAUCCAAGUGGAAACUAUCCACCAGAAAAUUUGUAGAAGAUUCGCUAUAUGAAUAUGGUUUAAAAUGUACUUCUGAACAUAUGUGUCAUAGUUUUAUUUUAGAUCCAGAUGAUAAUUCUUAUAUUAAUGAUAAAAUAUUUACAAAAGAAGAGCUUGAAGAAAUUCGUGAUUACAAAAAAAGAGAGCUUCCAGAGAUUCCAGAAGAUCUCAUUAAUUAUAUUAUGAAAUUUUCUGAUAACAAAAUACAUGAACUUAGACACUCAUUGAAAAAUGAUAAUGAAUCAAUAUCAGAAAACUAUGUUCGUGAACUUCAUCAUGACAUAGAUUGGCAAGUUUGUGGAGAAUCUUCUAGUUUAGCAUCUGUAUUAAGAAAAAAUUUAGGUCGUACAGUUCCUGGUAUAAAACAAUUGGCUAGAUCAAAAAUGGGUCAAAGGGCAGAUUUGGUACUACAUGUUUCUUCAGAUUUAGAAUUUGAUCAUUUAGAUAUUGUUCAUUAUUUGAUGGUUCUACAGUAG